AUCUUCCUCGCCGAGGAAGGGUUUUGGGGGACUUUGGGUUUUGCCUUCCUCGUUCAACCCCAAUCACUGGUUUUGCCUCUCUCUCUCUCUGCGAGAAGAAUUGAAAAUGGUUUUAUCGAACAAAAAGCUGAAACAGAAGCUGAGAGUUGGUUUGGCCGAAUCGUUAACAGCAUCAGAGGCUAACAACGAUUCUACAAAACCAGACCCGAACUCGCAGAUUCAAGACUCUUUCAAGUCCCUCCUCGACUCUGCAGCCCAGAAACCCAGGUUAUCCAAGCGAGAAAAGCGUAGAAAAACUCUAUCUUUGCACGGUCCAGAGGAUGUGAACGCAAGUGGUAGUGGCGAUUUAGAGAAAGAGAUUGAGGAAGCUGGGUCAGCAGGCGUGAAUGAGAAGAAGAAGAAGAGAAAGAGGAAGGUAGAUGAGGAUCUGGAGGGAAGUGGUAGUGGUGAUUUGGAGAAAGAGAGUGAGGAAGGUGGGUUUGAGGUUGUGAAUGAUAAGAAGAAGAGGACGAAGAAGAAGAAGAGGAAGAGAGAUGAGGGAUUGGAGAGUGGCGGUUUAGAGAUGGUAGAGGCGAAGAAGUCGAAGAAAAAGAAAAAGAAAAAGAAGAAGAAGGGGAAGAAGGUGGAGAGUGAGCAAGUAAAGGAGGGUGAGGAGAGUGCAAAUGGAGAGAGUGAACAAGGUGUGAUAGAGACAAUUAAGGCCAAUGAUAGUCAAGAAACUGCGGAAGUUGUUACAAAAGUUUAUGUGGGAGGAAUUCCAUAUUACUCAACUGAGGAUGAUAUUCGGAGUUAUUUUGAAAGUUGUGGCACCAUAACUGAAGUUGAUUGUAUGAAAUUUCCUGAGAGUGGGAAAUUCAGAGGAAUUGCCAUUAUCAAUUUCAAGACUGAAGCUGCCGCUAAACGAGCCUUAGCCCUUGAUGGAUCUGACAUGGGUGGACUGUUCCUGAAAAUCCAGCCCUACAAGUCGACUAGACCUAAAACAGUGUCAUCUGAUUUUGCCCCUGCAAUCAUGGAAGGCUACAAUAGGAUCUACGUCGGAAACUUAUCGUGGGAUAUAACCGAGGAUGAACUGAGGAAACUUUUCUCUGAUUGCAGUAUUUCCACUAUUCGAUUUGGCGAAGACAAGGAAACAAAGGAGUUUCGAGGUUAUGCCCAUGUAGAUUUCACUGAUAGUGUCUCAGUAAACAUGGCGUUGAAACUGGAUCAAAAGAUCGUUUGUGGGAGACCUGUGAGAAUAAGAUGUGCGGUUCCAAAGAAAGUAGUAAGAGAGCCUUUGGAAGCAGCGGUUCCAAAGAAAGUAGUAAAAGAGUCUUUGGAAGCAGUGGUUCCAAAGAAAGUAGUAACAGAGAGCGAUUCGAAAUCUUUGCUGAUAAGUAAGGAAGCUGAUAAUGGUGAUGCGAGCGCUGUCAGUGGAAAGAUUAGGAGAAGAACUUGCUACGAGUGUGGUGAAAAAGGCCAUCUUUCAUCAUUGUGCCCUAACAAACAAGCUGACGAUCUAAAGAAAGUAGUAACAGAGAGCAAUUCGAAAUCUUUGCUGACAAGUAAGGAAACUGAUAAUGGUGAUGCAAGCGCUGUCAGUGGAAAGAUUAGGAGAAGAACUUGCUAUGAGUGUGGUGAAAAAGGCCAUCUUUCAUCAUCGUGCCCUAACAAACAAGCUGAUGAUCUAACGAAUAGCGGUGCAAUGUAAUCACAUUGGAAAUGUAUUAACUUGUUUCUUUGUUGUUUAUUAUAUGAAAAAUGCAUAAAUUUCAAAAGAAAAUAACUUUUAACAUU